AUGCCCCCUUUUCUCCGUUGUAUUUUCCCAGCCGCACAACGUUGUCUAGUGUUGCCGGUCCAGCUGCGCUUCAUCCUUCCUCUCAUCGCACGGGGAGGAAGAUGGAAGGAAAAGAACUGGAGUAAUCAAUAUAGGAACCCCCAGUCUGCUCAUCAAUCUGAGUAA